GUUUUUUUUUUUUGACGUAAAUACCACGCUCCUCCGACUGUUUUGUAACAGUCCCCACAGCAGCUUAGGAGACAUUUCGGCUUGAUUCUGUUCUUUAUUGCCGUCCAACAUGUCUUUUUUACGGUUAUGUGUGUCAGCGAGCAGACGGGUCGUGUCUCGAACCCAGGCUGUGGACUCGGUGUUUUCAGGCUCGGCACGGGCAGCCAGCGGAGCGCUGAAGGACCAGGAGCCGCUCAAGAAGGCCAAAACCCCGCAGGGUCGCCUCGAUGGUCCGGAGAAGAGCGGAGAUGUUCUAGAAAAGUUUCCAGAUGACGUAAACCCUGUAACCAAGGAGAAAGGUGGCCCUCGGGGUCCCGAGCCCACCAGAUACGGAGACUGGGAGAGGAAGGGCCGCUGUGUGGACUUCUAGGGAAGUCUUCCAGUUUCCCUGCCAAAUGCAGCACUGUCAGAGGAACCUUGGAAGAGACUGAGACUGUGUGGCCGUGUAAAUAUUUACUGUAUAUGUGUGUGUUCAGAAUAAUAUGCAGACCUGAUUAACCUGAUGCCCCACGUGUGUAACUAAAGGAUGAUUCAGUCUGAUCUUAA